GUUUUGCUCUUCUUCUUCCCGUCCCCUGCAACCCGAAAGAAGGACCUAAGCAGCCACCGACGUACCCCUUUGAAAAAUUGGCAAAAAAAGCUUGAAAUUUCUCCUUCUUUCUUGUUCAACCACAAGAUUUGGGGCUUAGAAUUCUCUCUCUCAACCCAGAAAAAAAUCUCGGUUUUGCUCUGCUCUUCCUCCCCUGUCCGUCGGUUUUGCUGGGUGCGAAUUUCUGGGCUUUUUCGGGUAAGCCACAGCCAUGAAAUUCAUCCUCUCUCUCUUAAUUUGGCUUGGGUUACUCUAAUUUUGUUGUUGGUUCUUGAAUCUCUGGAGUUUUGCCGUGAGUUUCCCCCCAAGAUCCCGUCAGCUUCCUCACCAGCCAAGCUCGGUUUCUGCUGGCUGGAAUUCUGGAAGCGAAACCGAGAACGGGAAACCAAGGGGAGUGAUGAGGUAGAAGGCUAGCCAUUCUAAUUGGAUAUAAGUUUUAGAUUUUAUCAUCCUUUUGUAAAGUAGAUUUUAUUCAUGAGAUUUUGUGAUUUGAAUAAGUUUCGAGCCUUGUGCACUUGUGGGACUCGUCUUACGAGUGCACGGCGUUUGUCACGUCCUCGGAUUUGGGUUCUGGGGCGUGACAAAAAAUUAUUCCCAAACAAAACCUAAAUGCUCGACUUGUUUAUUUAUUAUUUUUCUAUUGUUAUAUGGUUCAUUGGCCUUGUGUACUUUCAACAAUAACAAUAAAUUGAAUUGCCUGUUCGAAUCUAGUGGCAUAAACUCUGGGUUUUUCAUGCAUGGACCAUAUUCUUCUCCAAUAUGAGUUUUGCUCAUGUCUCGAAUAAAUUCAAGAACAUAUUUGAAGAAAUUUUGAUCGUUGGUUGGAAAGUCGCGUGUCUCAUUCUUCCUCUUCCCCCGACCCUCUGCCACCCGACAGCCCCAGCUACCGCCACCCAUUUUCCGGCCAAGAAAACCGGUAAGAGCUUGAAGUUUCUCCUUUUUUCUUGUUCUAGGAUUGGAAGUGAACCCAGAAAUCCCCCCCUUCUGCAGAUUUUCGGAUCUGCUCUGUUCUGCCCUGUCUUCCCGCGAUCUGCUCUUGCCGGUGGGAUGCUGUCCGGUUUUUCUGAUUUUCGACUUCCUUGCCCAGCCAGACCCGGGGUUGCUCGCCGGAAUUUUCUGGCUGCUGUGAUGUUUUGGAGAGAAAACUCCCGUGUGCGUGUGAGUUGUGGUUUGUCAAACCAUGCUCUCCAUGUGUGCCCACUUGGGAUUAGUGUUCGAGUUGGUGCGAUUCGAGGUAAGUAAAUUUAUGAUAAUGCUUGUACAGUUUUUAAAAGCAUGUUUUGAUUUGUUUUUGAGAUGGUGGCAAGGCUUAAAUGGAUUUUAAAUUGGUUUUAUUGCAUCGAGCACGAUUGGUUUGAAAUGGAAUUGUUUUCAUUUGUAUUGAGUAGAGCAUGCCUAUUUGGAAUUGAUUGAACUGUUUUGAUGAACUGAGAAUUUUGUAAAUGCCGAGUUUUUUUCUGUUAAAUCCAUGCUCACAUGAAAGUUGUGCAGGUUUUUAUGAAAUUGUUUUUCCAGAGUGAGCAUGCCCACAUGAAACUUUCCGGUUUAUUCUUGAAAUCGAGAUUUAUGAUGAAUAUUGGAUUUUUGUGAAUUCUGCAUGGUUUUGUCUCGGAUAUAGUCAUGAUUACUGACGCCCGUUAGUGGGAGCUGUAAACGCUAGCACAUGUCGACAUGUAUUUUUGUAGAACUGGUUCACCCUGCCAAUGGGGUUAAACAUUGGUCAUUACUGACGCCUGCCAGUGGGAGUUGUUAAACACUGGUACCAUUACUGACGCCUGCCAGUGGGAGUUGUUAAACACUGGUACUUCUUUAACCCUGCCAAUGGGGUUAAACAUUGGUUAUUACUGACGCCUGCCAGUGGGAGUUUGUUAAACACUGGCCAUGACUUAUAGAUGAGACUACUGAUGAGUUUAUUAUGCAUGAAUGGUUUAGCAUUGAAAGUUUGUUAUAUUGAACUGUUUAUCUGGCAUGAUAACAUUUUACUCACGGGCUAUCCAUAUUUUAUUUACUGAGAUAUUUUAUUUCACCUCGUUUUCUUUGUCCACCAUUUCAGGUAGUGAUGCCCGACACAUAGGGAACCGGGGGAGUGACGAGCUAGACGGCUAGACAUUAUUUUGGGACUUAGAUCUUUUGGAGUUAGGCCGCUAGUCUCUCAUGGAUGACCAUUUUUGUGUACAGAGCUUUUUUGGGUUAUAGCCAUAACCGUUAUAAACUUUUGUAUAUCUG